ACACAAUUCAGACGGAAAAAUAAUUCACGUUCACGAGUUAAUAGCAAGUGGUUGAUUAUUAUUCAUUAUACAUCAAAAUUCUAAGAUAUAUGAUUGCAUCAUGAUUAUGCAGAGAGCACACAAAAUUCAAGGAAUUACUCGCGGGUUCCGCUCUUUAUUUCUGCUUCUUCUUGCUCUACCUGUCAUAUUGAUGUGCUGUAUUAUCUACUACACUUACAGUAGGCCCAAUUCAGGGAAAUUGGAUUUGGAGUUGAACAACAUAGUUAACCUAAUAAAAGAAGAGUGUCAACAAAAAUGUGACCAACGAAAAAUCAGCUCUUCUUUGUCAAAUGAUUUGCCUCCAGAAAAGUACAAUUUGAUGGAAGAAACUUUUGGAACCAACUGGGUCUCAUCACCGCCUGACACAUAUUUAUCUUCGUUUGAUUGCACCAUAGAGCAGGCAAAUAUAUUGCAACUGCAACAGGACCAUCCGUGUGUUAUUCGUCUGAUCCGGAAUAACUACCUCCGCCUACCAGCACCCAACAGUCUUCCGUAUCAACUAGACAAUCCUGCAGUGAUUGAUCCCUCCGACGGACAGUCCAAGGAUAUUUUAGGAAUUUUGGCGAAUCAAACUAGUGGUUUUUUUAUUGAAUGUGGCGGCUACGAUGGAGAAUAUCUGUCCAAUACCUUAUACAUGGAACGUUCACUCAGCUGGAGUGGAUUGCUCAUAGAAGCAGACAAAAAAUCUUAUAGUCUGCUGUUAUCUCGCAAUCGAAAAGCUUACAGUUUACCGACCUGCAUCAGUACAAAACCUUACCCAACACAAGUUACUUUUAAUGGCACUGUCGGUGUUGGAGGUUCAGUCAUCGAACAAAUUGAUGCAGCUACCAGUGACAACAGCGUGGAUGGUGUGUAUGCAGUUCAGUGUUUUCCUUUAUAUUCAAUUUUACUUGCCGUCGGUAGAACCCACGUGGAUUAUUUCAGUCUGGAUGUAGAAGGAUCAGAGUAUAAAAUGCUGAAAACCAUUCCAUGGUCCAAAGUAAACAUCAAGACGUUGACAGUGGAGUGGAAUCAUAUACCAGAAGGGGAGCCUGAAUUGACUCGUUUAAUGGAGCAUAACAAAUUUAGAAAAUCCCACAUGAUUUCCCAGUACUUUUCUCGUGAUGUAGUCUACGUCCAAGACUCUUUUAAUAUCUAUAGAGAGGUUACAGAUUAACCAUAUUUUCUAAUUUUUCAGCACUUUCCCCUAUCUGUUAACAUAUCUUUAGGAAUGAGGAAUAGGUCUUUUUCUUGAAAUUGUAUUUGGUCUGCUGGUGCGCAAUAAAUAGGCGAUAU